GCUCUCUCUUCGUCCUACCACCAUCUUUCGUCCUUCUACUCUCCUUCGUCGUUCUCUCGCGCGAUCUAUAGCUUACAGCAACAACAACAGCAGUAUCAUGUCCGUGUUCAGCACCCAGAGGCUGGAGAACAAGGUCGUCCUUAUCACCGGUGCUAGUGGUGGCAUAGGCGCGGAAGCAGCGAUCCUCUUCGCAAAGGCAGGAUCAAAUCUCAUCCUCCUAGCACGGCGUGCAGACAAGCUCAACGCCGUCGCCGAAGCUGCUUCAGCAGCACACAAAGCCGCUGGCGUCCAAGCAGGGGGGAAGAUCGCGCCCAUCGUGCUAGAUGUGUCGGAUGCCAAGCAGGUCGAAGGGCUUAAAGCGAAGAUCCCUGCUGAGCUGCAGAAUGUCGACAUUCUCGUGAACAACGCAGGGUUUGUUCUGGGUGUGGAUAAGAUUGGGGAUAUUAAGGAGGACGAGAUGGCCGCUAUGUUCGAGACAAACGUCUACGGGCUGAUCCGUAUUACCCAGCUGUUCAUCAAGGACUUCAAAGCCCGCGCCUCAGGACACGUCAUCAAUAUCGGCUCUGUCGCGGGGCGGGAAGCGUAUGCCGGAGGAGGGAUCUACUGUGCUACCAAGGCUGCUGUGCGCUCUUUUAGCCAGAGCUUGCUGCGCGAAGUGGUAGAUACGCCCAUAAGGGUAACCGAGAUCCAGCCUGGGCUGGUAGAGACCGGGUUCUCGGUCGUGAGGUUCCACGGGGACCAAAGUGCGGCCGACAAAGUCUACCAAGGGCUCGAGCCUCUGGUCGGGAAGGACGUCGCGGAAGAGAUCGUGUGGGUCGCUGCUCGCCCGCCGCACAUCAACAUCGCGGAACUGUUUGUGAUGCCUGUUAACCAGGCGAGUCCGACGCUCGUCCAUAGGCCGGGAAAAUGAGUGCCUGGGAUGUGCAUUUGUAUGGGAUAGCUUGGGGAUGUGGGUGUGGGUUCCGCGAGCGUUGGGACGGCAGGAAGGAGACACAUGUAGACGGAUAAAGAAGGAAAUCAAAAUAAGGGUCUGUGCUUUGCCCUUCGGAGGCCAC